UAGAGUUACACAGAACAACGCAGACAGCUGCUCCUCAAAAGAAUGUAGGACCAUGGAGGUAUCCCCCGGCACAACACUGGAUAUAUUUACCUGUUUUUUCCUCAGUUGAAGGUAUGAAAACACGUUUGAAACAUCACAACUUCGCAGCAUGGAGCUAUAAUGCAGUUUACACGUGAAGAAGCAACUCGUCGGAGCAGCGGAGUUUUCUUUGGUCAAACUGGAAUUACACUCGCUCCGUAAACAGACAGUUCAGAAGACUGAGACCGGCAGAGAAGCCUCUACAGACAACAUGUCCACCACCAUCAUCAGUCCAUCCUGCAGGCAGGAGAGAAGAGGCAGUUUCUUCAAGCUUAUUGACUCAUUUGCCGUGGAAAUUGGCACGUUGAAGAAGGAAAUGGGGAAGAAGACUGAGCCUGCGGAAGGAGACCCGCAGACAGAUACACUGCUUGGACUGGGCGAAGAGGUGCGAGGUCUCUUCCUACAGACUUCCCCCUGCGCUGGGAUCAGAUCUGGGCUGGCUGGAGCCAGAGAUUCGGGCUACGAUUCCCUCCGUCGGCGUCUCACUGUUCUGGACAGACUGGUUCACACACACGCUGUGUGGCUGCAGCUGGGCCUCAGCCACCAGGAGGCCACAGACAUCCUGCAGAGCCAACCCGCUGGGUCAUUCGUGGUGAGGAAGUCCACCAGCCUGCAGAGGAAAGUAAUAUCCCUACGCAUGAACAAAGACUCUGCGGUCACCAUCAAAGACUUCCCUGUGAAGGAGAGCCAGUACACGUUCUCCCUGAUGGGGUCAGGCCUGAGCUUUGCAGACCUUUUCCGUCUGGUGGCGUUCUGCUGCAUCAGCAGGGACGUGUUGCCGUUCACUCUGAAGCUCCCAGAAGUCAUCGCUUCAGCCAAAACAUCUGCUGACCUCGAGGAGGUUGCUAAACUUGGAGCAGGCUUCUGGGAUUCUCAGUUGUGCCACAGGAGUAAGGACUCAGUCUUUUUGUCAGGAAUAGCUGCUCCCUCUUUCCAGACACCGGUCUCCUUGGCGACCACCCCAGGGCGCCCUCGACUUCGAACUCGCACCCCUUCAGAGCUUGAUUGUAGCCAGUCCAACGGAGCACUUUGCUUUAUCAACCCCCUCUUCAUCAAGGUUCACCAACCAGAUGGUGACGACAGCACAACUUCACGUCCCUCUGGUACAGCAAAGGAAAACCAGAGGGAGGAACCCGUUAGCGACAGCCUAGAAACCAACAACAAGGACCCUCAACAUCAUCCUCAGGUCUCAGAUCAGGCAGGUCAAAGCAACCCUCAGAGUCUUGAUAGGAACCCAAAGCUUCAGGACCAUAACAGCCCAACCAGCAGCAGCAUUCAGAAACUAAGUAAGCCACGGUCCCCACCUCCACGUCCACCCCCACCUCAAAUUGUGUCGCAAAUACGCAGUAUGCCAGAAAAGAUCGCCUGGAUCAACUUCCCGAAGGGGAAGGGGGAAGAGAAGGGCAGCAGCCUCUUUUCCCGUCUGGGCUCUUCCCUCAGCAUCAGCCCCUCGUCCUCCCCUCCCAAGAGACUCAGCAUCAGCUCCCCCAUUUCCAUCCCCCGGCCCUCCCUGCCCAUGUCUCUGCAGUCUCUUUCCUGCUCCCCACGUCAGGCUAAGGCCUCACCGUCGUCUAGCCAUGAGGAGGCCCAAUGCCACUUGGCGCUGGAGGACCAGACCAUUGAGAAGGCCGUCAUCAGGGCCAGACUCUCUCAGCGUAAUGCUAACAGAAACCCCCCCCAGGACUCCAGCAGUCCUCCAGACCCUUCAACAACAAGCAAGCAGGCAGAUGUGCCAGGAGCAGAAGAAGAAGAAGAAGAAGCAGGCGAGGAAUGCAGCGGGGGCGGCCAGCGUCUGAGCGACAUGAGCCUUUCCACCGAUUCCUCAGACUCUCUGGACUUCUCUCAGUCUUCAGUCUUUUUCCUUCCUCCUCUGCAUGAUCCCAGUCCCCCCACCAUGGCUGACUUUGACACCCACCUCCCCCUCUCCAUCCCACCUUCCCACCUGCCUUACUCCAGCAUGGAGGAGGAUGACGAUGAUGACGAAGACGAGGAUGAAGAGGAGCAUGACUAUGGUGUCAGUCUUGAGAGCGACCAGGACCAAGACCAGGACUUGACCAUGGUGCCACCAGGCCACCGCAUGAGGCGCCGCCCCAGUGUCAGCGCUUUGGUCCUGCAGAGGGCCCUGCGAGGGCAUCUUCGCAAGAUGAGUGGAGUGUUCAACUCUCUGCUGACCCCCGAGAAGAGGGCCAUCCGCAGGGUGGUGGAACUAUCAAGGGAUAAGAGCUCGUACUUCGGCUGCCUGGUGCAGGACUACCUGAGCUACAUGAGCGAGGGUGCGGGCACCCAGGCCUGGCAGGGCUACGCCUCCGGACUGGAGCUGCUGCAGACUCUUCGUCAGUUCAUCACUCAGAUGAAGAGCUACCUGAGACAGAGCUCCGAGUUGGAGCCACCAAUCGAGAGUCUCAUUCCCGAAGACCAGAUCGACCAAGUCCUGGAGAAGGCCAUGCACAAGUGCCUCCUGAAGACCCUCAAGCCGGUGGUGAGCGUGGCCCUGAAGGAGUUCCAGGUCCGCAGCGGGGAGUGGCUGGAGCUGAAGGAGAACCUGGCCUUAGCCAAGGCCCGGCUGCCGCAGGAAAUGGGCGUGGCCGACACGCUGCCCCCGGACCCCGUGGCUAUAGAGAAGAUCAAGCACAAGUUCCACACCAUGAUCAAACUGUACUCCCCCGAGAAGAAGGUCAGCGUGCUGCUGAGGGUCUGCAAACUCAUCUACACCAUCAUGGAGGACAACUCAGGUCGUCUGUAUGGAGCUGAUGACUUCCUGCCCAUGCUGACCUACGUGUUGGCCCAGUGCGACAUGCCCCAGCUGAACAAUGAGAUCCUCUACAUGAUGGAGCUGCUGGACCCCUCUCUGCUUCAUGGAGAAGGUGGCUACUACUUGACCAGCGCAUAUGGAGCCAUGUCCCUGAUUCAAAACUUCCAGGAGGAGCAGGCAGCCAGAGUGCUGAGCUCUGAAACCAGGAACACGCUCCACCAGUGGCACCGCCGGCGCACCACCCAGCGCUUUGCUCCGUCCAUCGAUGACUUCCAGAACUACCUGCGGGUGGCGCUGCAGGAGCUGGACAGCGGCUGCACCGCCAAGACUCUCCAGGUCCGACCGUUCGCCUCCGUGGACGAGGUGUGCCGUCUGUGUGCGCAGAAGUUCAAAGUGUCGGACCCCCAGAACUACGGCCUGUUCCUGGUGAUGGAGGGCAGCAGCCAGCAGCUGGCGCCGGACACCCACCCUCAGAAGAUCAAGGCGGAGCUCCACAGCCGCUCGCAGGCCACGCCGUUCCACUUCGUCUUCCGCCGAGUGGCCCCGUCUGCAGCUCCCCUCGAUCUCACACCCAACCUCAACGACCUCACUGGGACUCCUGACCCCCUGGACAACCUGCGUGCCCUCAGCAGAGACCUGUCCCCCCCCUCCCCCGAGCCCACUCUCAGCUCAGGCCUCAGUCCUACUCUGAGCCUCAGCCUGCCCACCACCAAUGGCAACUCUAUUUCUGUAUGACUGUAACAGGGGGCUGGUGGACAGUUGGCCAUGGUUUUGUCUCCCAGUAUUGACAGUAUGUGCUUUUAUCUCAAACAAACAAAGGGCAAACGAUGCGCCUUUACAAAGCCUUACUUCUCCAUUUGGAUUUGACCUCAAUUUGGGUCUCUCAGACAGACGAGGGUGAAAGAGGAAAAGGACAGGAGGGAAGGAAACGAGAGGAAAGGACGUUUAUAUAACUUCAAUGGUUCUCUGUUUGGCCUCAGAGCAACACUUUACUGAACACUGCCCUCAAAUGUUAAACCAUUAAGGUAAGAUGUUUAAGAUAAGUGUGUUGAAGACGACAUGAACACUUACUUGUGUUCACAGCAGCUCUUCAGAUUCAGGGUCAGCUGUUCUUGUUGUUACCUGUAAGGUCUAUAGAGGGAAAUCAGAUCCCCAAUACAUGAGGGGACUAUUCUUUGAUCAAUCAUUUUCAAUAUGCAGCAGAUUGUUUGUUUAGUAAAUAGGUUUUAAUAUGAUUUAUUUGUAACAGUUGCUGGUCAACUAUGUUAUUAUGUUGUGUGUGUUUUGAAACUGUACAUUCUUUAGAUCGUUUAAAUGUUUAGAUGGGUUGGGCGACACCCAGUGGUGACUGGUGCACAUUGGAAGAGUUUUAUUCAAAGCACCAUUUAUGGCCUCAGACGUGAACAAAUAAGCAUCAAAAUGAAUGUUGAACUGAACUGUAUAACCUUUAGCCCCAUCUCACCAAGGCUGCAGUUAUUAGAAAAGGAAUCUGCUCCUAGGUCUUUUCUUAACCACUGUUCCUCAACCUCAGCAAAACACGUUAUAGGGUAAAGCAAAGAUGUGAAGGAGAGAACUCAUCAGGACAAUUGUAUAACAAAGUACCACCUCAUGCUGUAAUGAAGAGGUGUUCCUCCCACACAAGCACAGACGUGAUGGUCGGCUCUAGUUCCUAAGUGACAAUGGUUCAAAUGCAACUUUUUUACCAUGAUCCAUGCGACAUGAGGCAACUCAACCGUUUUUGGGCCUUUAAGGAAAAACAUUUGUUAUUUAAAAAAAGAUUAUAAAGUGGUUUAAAAGGGCACUACCUUUCUGAAAUUGGUGCUGACAAAAACAGAGUAUGACUAAAUAUGUUGUUAACCCUUAGAUGCAUAAGUGGGUAUUUUUUGACCCGGUGAGGUGGUUUUCUUGAAGUAUCUUUGUAAUUACAUUUUUUUUAUCAUUUCAUAUUCCAG